AUGGAGAACGUGGAUAGAUUAGUUCAAUGGGCCAGAUCCAAAGGCUGCUAUAUUAACGAAAAGCUAUCGUUUGAAUAUAGCAACAACCACGGAAUCUCAUGCAUAAUCAAAGAGUCAUUGUCUGAAGAUGAUAAAAAAGGUCUAAUUAGGGUCCCAAAAUCCUUAAUAAUUAGCCCGGAAUUAGCAGAUUCUUUUGCUAAAGACUACCUCUCUGAGGUUCAAACAUCAUCUCCUGAAAUAAAUACAAAUCUUAUUUUUUUGUUGGCAAAACUUAAAUUUGAUAGCUCAGGUAAGACAAUCGUUGAAAAUACCAAUUUACACACAGAGUACCAGCCAUACAUUGAUUAUCUUCCCAAUGAUGGAAAAAGUACAGGCAAUCCAUACUUCUGGACAAUGGAAGAGAAAGAGUUGCUUGAUGGCACCGACGCACACGUUUUAAUGAAACGUAAUUUUCUGAAAGACUUAGAGAAUUGGAAAGUUGUAGCUUCUCAAUUAGAUGUAGCUAAACAUCCUCAACUUAAGGACGAGCUACUGGAAUACGAGGCCUUUAAGAUGGGACCACUCGGGGGAGUAUCAGUUGAUUAUUUACUUAAUGUCAAGGAGAUUUCCUGGACCUCAUUCACUGCUUACUUAUGGGCAAGUUGUAUCAUUAGCUCUAGAGCAUUCCCAUACCUCCUGUUUGAUGCCUCAGCAAAGUACAAAAAUCAUGCAUUCUUACUACCAAUUGUUGACUUGUUGAACAAUGAAGAUUCCAACAGUAGUAAAUGCAGAUGGACUAUUGAGAACAAUGUGUUCAUUUUUGACAGUUUGGAUGACUUGUCCAAACUAACCCAAUCUUGUGAGCUUUACAACAAUUACGGUGCCAAAUCAAAUGUUGAGUUUCUACUAAAUUAUGGCUUUUGUUUAAAGGGGAAUAGGGAUAACACCACCACAUUGAGUUUGAAAGUCGACGAAUCGGUGAUUGAAGGAGCCAAAAAUUAUGGUGUUGUGAUCCCCAAUGAUUCAUCUGUCAACGGGAUUAACUUUAUUUUACGGCAAGGAGACAAAAUCCCCGAAAAUUUAAUUGAUUUUUUCUCCUACCUUUGUAAAUUGACAUCAGAAAGGAAGGGUUUUAAUUUAAGAAUGAAAUUGGAAGGUCUAACGCAACUAAAAGCUAUUAUCAAGACUAAGCUUAGAACACUGAAAAAGCUAGAAGUUGAAGUUAGUGACAAAGUUUCUUCACAUCAUGCCAACAUUAUUAAGACAUACAGGAAAUCUCAGAAAGACAUUUUUCAGCAAACUUUAGAGCAAGUCGAAAAAAUGGAAAAACAACUGUUAACUGAAUUUAAGCCCUUCUCUUUUAAAAAGGCUAUGAUGGUGGACACCCGAUUUUUCAAUUCAUUCCUUGUUGUUUUCGGUACAAAAUCGUAUAAUGACUUGAUAGAAAAAGGAAUUUUGGAUCAUGCAGUUUUGUUAUGGAUUAUGCGUAUCUCUAAUAAAGAAGUUUAUGAGGAUAUUCAUGAUAAAACCAUUUUCCCUGAUUUUAUUUAUAAUGAAUUCCAAAAAGUUAAACGGAACAUGAAAAUCGACAACGACGAUAUUGCUGAAUUUAUGCCAAUGUAUCAAUCACUUUUUCCUGCACUCUGCGGAAAAGUUCCAAGCGUUUACAACCGUGGCGACUGGACGCUCAAUAGUUUAAUCUAUGCUGGAACGGUCGCAGAUAGACUUACUUAUAAAAGAGAAACAAACGGUGAAGUAUUUUUCAUAGAUCCAGCUAAAUCUAAAUGA